AUGGGAGACCAUGAUUCCGCACAACUCGCAAAACUGAUGGAAUUGAUUCAAGAGAUGCACGCAAAGAUGGAUUCAAUGUUCCGAAAGUGGGAGCCACAAAAGGGAAAACCCGCAAGGGUCGAUCAAGCUCUAGGGCCAACGGUCAAAUUCACCGUAGAAAAGCUUUUCGAUGUACCUAAGCUGAAGCAACCGAAGCCAACUGUUGAAAUAUUGGUGGUAUCAACUGUCGUUCAAGUCAUGGAGUCAAACAAAAAUCCAGAGAAGACAGAGACAUCGUUUGUGGCUGAGCCAAAACAACCUGAUCGCGUGGAGGAUAGUAGCUGCAAGAAUAGAUCGUUUAGUCUAAGAAUACCCGAACAAUUCAAGCCUUCUCGUUAA